AAACCAGUAGAAAAUGGCUGAUUCUGGUUCCAGUCGAGCUAAUGAACCAACGGAGAAAGCAAAGAAAGAAAAACAUCCUCCAAAAAUGUCCAAGGCCAUCAGUACUUCUGCUAAACGGAUUCAGAAGGAGCUGGGAGAAAUAACACUAGAUCCACCUCCUAAUUGCAGUGCUGGUCCCAAGGGAGAUAACCUGUAUGAGUGGGUGUCAACUAUCCUUGGACCUCCUGGAUCCGCCUACGAGGGCGGAGCAUUCUUUCUGGAUAUUCAUUUCAAUCCAGAGUACCCGUUCAAACCACCGAAGGUGACUUUCAAGACUCGAAUAUAUCAUUGUAACAUCAAUUCACAGGGUGUAAUCUGUCUGGAUAUUCUGAAGGAUAAUUGGAGUCCUGCUCUAACUAUAUCCAAGGUUCUUCUCAGUAUUUGUUCUCUGCUCACAGAUGCUAACCCAGCAGAUCCUCUAGUUGGGAGUAUUGCAAACCAGUUUCUAAGCAACCGUGAGGAGCACGAUAGGAUAGCUAGACUCUGGACUAAACGAUAUGCAACAUAGAUCCCAUGAACCAGAGGAUGGGGG